AUUGCUGAGGAAGGCUCUCACAGGCGUGGAAGGGCUGCUAUUCUUAAGCUAGAACUCAGAGCAGCACAGCCGGACGAACAAGUGGGUUUAUUUCCAAAAUGUGGGCCACAGCAGAAGCAGCCAAGAUGGAUCCCAGGUGCACCAUGGGACUGAGAAUCACUCUGUUUGUGGCAGCCCUCCUGCUUUCUGGUGCUGCCUCCCACAAGAGUCAGGCUUAUUUCAAUGAGACUGCAGACCUGCCUUGCCGAUUUACAAACUCUCGAAAUAUAAGUCUGGGGGAGCUUGUAAUAUUUUGGCAAGACCAUCAAAACUUGGUUUUGUAUGAGUCAUAUUUAGGCAAUGAAAAGCCUGACAAUGUGGAUGCCAAGUAUAUGGGUCGCACAAGCUUUGACCAGGAUAAUUGGACCUUGAGACUUCACAAUGUUCAGAUCAAGGACAAGGGCUCCUAUCAAUGUUUCAUCCAUCACAAAGGGCCCAGAGGAUUUGUUCCCCUAUUCCAGAUGACUUCUGAGCUGUCGGUGUUUGCUAACUUCAGUGAACCUGAAAUAAGUCCACUUUCUAAUAUAACAAGACAGUCUGGCAUAAAUUUGACCUGCUCAUCUAGUCAAGGUUAUCCACAACCUAUAAGAAUAUCUUUUUGGCUAAAAACCAAAAAUUCAACUGUUGAGCAUGAUGGUGUCAUGGAGAUAUUGCAGGAUAAUGACACGGAACUGUACAACGUCUCUACCAGCUUGUCUGUUCCGUUCCCUGAUGACACAAGCAACGUCACCAUAGUCUGUGUCAUAUACAUGGACUCAAGGGAGACUCUGUUUUUCUCUCCACCUUUCAAUACAGUUCUUCCAGAUCCCUCACCUGUCAUAGACCAAAGGCACUUCGUUGCCAUUGCCCUUGUACUCUUGACCGGAUUUGCGCUAGUGUUCCUUCUAAUAAAGUGGAUGAUGAAGAAGAAGAAGAAGAAGAAGCAGCAGACUACCAGCUCUCGUGAAGGUGAUCAAAGCCAUCAACACGGAGAGUGAAGAGACCAAAGAAAGAGAGAAAAGUCACGUACCCGAACAAGAUGACGAAGAAGCCCCAUGUGUCCUUCACUGUUCAAAGAUACCCUCGGGCAACAGAAAUGCUACACACUUUUAAUUAAAGCACAAAUUCCA